AUGAAGAUCAUAUUCAUUGGUUCAUCGGCCUAUGUCCUUCAUCUUAUGACUGGUCCCUUCAAGCCCACUCAUGAUCCUAACAUCGACACUUUCAAGGUCCGGUACCUGAUUGGAGGUGCUGCGCUUCUGGCAUUGUUGUUCCCUUAUAAGUGGACUCCUGCUGAGGUUCUCUGGACUUUCAGCAUCUGGCUUGAAAGUGUCGCCAUCCUGCCACAGUUGUUUAUGGUACAACGGACCGGAGCUGCCGAAACUAUCACUACCCACUAUAUCUUUGCCUUGGGAGCGUACAGAGCUUUGUACAUCCCCAAUUGGAUUUAUAGAUACUUGACCUCGACCUUUUGGGAUCCAUUGUCGGUUAUUGCAGGUGUUAUUCAGACGAUUCUAUAUUCUGAUUUCUUUUACAUUUAUUAUACCAAGGUUCUACAGGGAAGGAAGUUUGAGCUUCCAGUUUAA